GAUGACUGGUGGCGGGGAGUGGGGACGGUGGAGGACUUUCGACGAAUGUAUUUUGUAUAUUUUGUAUACGUAUAAUGGCGUCAUAUUGCUGUCGAUCGGUAUUAACGCGUUAAAAAUACGCGUUUCACGGCGGAAAACGACCCGGAAUAACGUAACUCGGCGUACGUCCGACGAGAGGCUGCGUGGCGGGGACACGCAAAUUUUAUUAAUAUAUAUAUGUGCGAAAAACAAUAAUUAAAAACUAACCAUGAAAAAUAAAUAAUAAUGGAGGAAAAGACGUCGAACAGAAUUUUUUAGGUUAUAGCCGGGAGUCGGGACUCUGAUAUUCUUAUAACCACCACCCAGACCCUAUUUCACCAUGGACACUGACUUUGUCGAAGAAAUUGUGUCCGUCCAUUCUGGUAACCAAACACUAGAUUUUGAUAGGAAAGACAAUAUCCUAUGUCCAGGCACUGUUGUUGACUCUAUUGUCAAGACCGAGUUCUUCAGUCCAGAUGACAUUGACGGUUUGUCAUCUGACGAUUGUUUAAUACAAACCAUUGGGUCCUCGUAUUUCACCAACAGUGGUACACGUGCAAAUGAGCUCAAUAAUAUGACUAGAGCGGUCAUGGAAUCUGUGCCAUAUGCCGAUGGGUUACAAUACUUAGCUGCCAUAUCUUCAUUCAGUGAUAAUUUUAAGGAAAUGGAUCAAGAGCAAGAAAUCAAACAAGAGCCUAGUGAUUUAUUUGAGUCUAGUGAUGAUGAAGUCGUCCAACAAAUGACCCAAGAGGAAUACCAAAAUUUUUUUGAUGUCCAAGAAGAAGUUGUUGUUCAAGAAUGCCCCGAGCAGGAGAUAAUCACUCAAAGUUGGGACAUGAACCGCUCUACCGAUAUUGACAACAUAUUAGAAACAGAUGUUAAAUGUAUGUCAUCAACUGUUGAUGUUGACAUACCAAUACCUGAAGGCGAAGAAGCUUCAUCUUCUGUUAAUCCAUAUCCAUGUGAUUUUUGUAGUCGGAGGUUUAAUCGAAAAUCACAUCUUAUGAACCAUAUGGUUACCCAUCAAUCCGAGCGUCCCUUUUGUUGUGCAUUAUGUGGUGUUCGUUAUCGCCGUAAAUGUGAUUUAGCCAAUCAUAUGAAAAUUCAUAUCGGUCCUGAUAAUCCAUCAGAUUGUGGUUUAGAUAGCCAAAAUGUAUCUGUUACAAAAGUAAUGAACAAAUUAAUGUUCAUGGAUCCAAUACAAAGAAGGAGUGUUACACCUGGUGAAGAUUCUGAAGAUAAAGGAGACAUAUAUCAGGAACAAAGUACAAAAAACCGUGGCCGUGGUAAAGGUCGGGGUAGAGGAAAAGGUCGUCCAAUGAAAGAUCGCUUAUUUACUCUUGGUUGGAAUUCAGAAAUUUACUCAAAACCACAUACAUGUAACCCAUGCGGAAUUUCAUUUACACGUGAAAAAGCACUUCUUAAUCAUGCUCGUCUUAGUCAUGUUGAUGAUGGUGUAAAUAUUGUUACUACUCAAAAAUCAAAUUCAGAUAGUUAUGAGCUUACAAUAUUGGCUAAUACUAAAUGCAAUGAUUCUUAUUCUUGUGAUUCAUGUGGGGCAGUAUUUAACAGAUUUGAUUUUUUAAAACGUCAUCAAAGGCAGCAUAUGAAAAAAGAACUUGGAAACGUUGAAGAAGAAAUAUAUGAAGAAGCACAUAUGUGUAUACAUUGUGGAUUGUUCUUUAAGUCUAUGUCAGAGUUAGAAAUGCAUACUGAGCAACAUUUGAUUCCUACAAAUAUUUCAGAAAAAUCAAAAUGUUUAGCUUGUGGUGAAACAUUUGAUAGUACAGAUGAGCUGUCUGAUCAUGUGUCUCAAAUUCAUACUGAUUCACUAUCUGAAUAUUCGUGUAAACUUUGUGCAAAACUAUGUAAAGACGAUAAAGCUCUCCAAAAACAUUUAAUGAUUCAUGAUACAUCUGAUAAUAAUUGUAUAAUGUGUGGAAAAAGAUUUCAUUCCAGAGCACGUCUUAAACGACACAUGGUAACUCAUCGAGAAAAAGGAGUUAUUUGUGACAUAUGUGGUGAAGAAUUAGCUGACAAACGAGCACUUAUGAAUCACAAAGCUAGUCAUGCCAAUACUCUUAGUAUUUCACGAACUUCAUUGACUGAAAAAAUAUUUCCUUGUACUAGUUGUGGCAAAGUAUUUGGAUCUAGAUCAUCUCAACAAAUACAUAUACGAAUACAUACAGGAGAACGGCCUUAUGGUUGUAGAUAUUGUAACAAAGCUUUUGCUGAUGGUGGUACACUUCGAAAACAUGAACGAAUACAUACUGGCGAAAAGCCAUAUGCUUGUCCUGUCUGUCCAAAGGCAUUCAAUCAAAGAGUUGUAUUGCGUGAACACAUACGUGCACAUCAUGCUGGAACUGAGGCAAAGGGUGGUCAAGUAAAUUUUUAUGAAUGUAAAGUGUGUGGUUAUUUGUUCCGAUCUUCAAUGGAGCUUUGUUCACAUUUAGUGCAGCACAGUGAUGAAAAUACUAAAAGAUCUAGAGUAGUUCCUGUCGGACCUCGCAAAUAUAAGCGUCGGAGCAAGUUGGGUAAUCGAAAAGACACAUGGUGCUUAGUAGAAAAAGUCUUUACAGUUAUGUCUGGACAGUCAGAUACAGAGAGCUGUGAAGAUGAACCAAUACCUACUGCAGAAGAGCAAGCUGUACAAUCAAUUAUGGAACAGGAUGAUAUGCCUUACGAUCCUCCAUCUGUAGCUAGUCCUCCUAAAAAGCCAGUUAAAACCUACAAACUUGUUAAUGGCAGGUUAAUGAGAACUGAACCAAAGGCUCCUAAGCAAGUGACAAAUGAAUCAAAAAACGUAGUUGUCAAAUCAGAAUCUAUACCAAAAAAACAUUGUUUUGUACUUAAAGAUGGAGAGUGCACUAGAACAUGUUCUACUGUUCUUUAUUAUUCUUCAAGAUCUAAUCCAUCAGAUAUGGAUUCAUUAUUAGGAGAGGAAUCAAAAGAAAAUGAUAAUCCAGAAGAACCUGAAGAUCAGAUAUCUGUAGAGGAAGAUGAUUUAACAGACCAUACAUUAGAACGAGUUAGUAUCGAGUCAAUAUUUAACGUAGAAGAUUUAGAUAACAUUGGUGACAUUUGCAACAUUGGUUUUCCUGAUGAACCUGGAGUAGAAUAUUAUGUUGAAAAUAAUAGUGAAUAUGAUGAUCAUUUGUCUUUAAUCGUGGAAAAUGUUGAUUCAAAUAGUGAUUGCAUGGUUGAAACAGAACUAGUGUUUGAUACAGAUUAUGUUGAAGAGGUUGGUGCUAAUAUUGAGCUUAGUACCGAAGAAAUGGCACCUGUAUUUGCAGAAGUUAUUUCUUGUGAUAUUUGUGAUGAAGUAUUCGAGGAUAGAAAAGAGCUUAUGAGACACAUUCAAACCAUGCACAUUGGAUAAAUGAUAAACAUUAUUUUUUUGUGUACUACUACUUAGUUGUAAAAUGUUCUCUGUUUAUAUGUCAAUUUUUUUUGUUAGCUGCCAUAUAGUUUUAAAUGUUAAUUGCUGUAAAUACAAUACAAUGCUGCCUUUUUGCAUAUAACUAGAUAGAUUAGGUGGCCAAGAUGAUGUUACCAUAUUAAUAUUAGUUAUGAAGGUUGUGCGUAAAUUUCACACAAUAUUCUUGAUAGAUUUUAACAAUUUCCUAAUAUAUUGAACUGAUAUUAAAUUCCGUUUUAUUUAUUCAAACCAAAAAAAUUAUUUUGAACACAGUUGUAAUUCUUAUUAUGAUCAAUUAAAGUUUCUAUUUAUUGAUCAGUUUUUGGUUUUAUAAAACUUUAAAACGAUACUAUUUAAAUUAUUUGUAUUUCAAUGCGUUAUUUUUGUGCCUAUUAAGUAUGUAGUAUACAUAAUGGUUUAAAUAAAAUCACCAAUUUAAAGAGGCUGAAUAUUGAAUUUUAAUUUGUCAAAUAUAUUCAAAAAUAUUUGACUUAACUUAAUUUAACAAUAUUUUGAAUAUUGUUACAUUCAACUAUUCUAAAUGUGUAAUACACAAAUAUAAUAUAUACUUAAGUUAUGCUAAUAAUAAUUUUUUAAACUAAAAAGUGAUGCUAAUUAUUGAGUACAGUGUAAAGUAUUACAAAUAAAUAAAGCCUAUAGUUGGAUUUCCACUUAUAUCUAAAACUGUAUUAUAUUAUAUAAUAAACAUAUUUAUUUUAAACUGUAGAAUGUACACAUUCAAAUCUUCUGAUAUGUUGAAAAUUGUUAAUUGUUAAAAGAAUAAGUGUGUGUACAUAGAAAUCAUAAUUGUAAAUACAAAAUCAUUAUAAUCGUAUAUAUAUAAUAUAUAAACAUGUAAAUUGACACAUUUAAUUCUUAGUAUUAUUUUAUAUAAUAUUAUUAAAUUAUGUUAAGUGCAUAUUAUGUAAUAUUAUUUAUAAAUGUUUUUUAUUUUAUUUCACAUAACUUAAAAAUAAAUUUCUUAAAAUUAAA